UUUCAACAAAAUGAAACAAAAAAAAGACUAUUAAAAAGAAGUUAGGCAACAUUUUUUUGAAAACAGAACUGGCAUGGCAAAUAAAAAAGACAAAAAUGAAUUAUCAAAAAAACGUCAGAAAAAACAUAAAAAACAUAAAAAGAAAAGAGAUAAAGAAGAAGCAGAAGAUAUUGAUGUAGUGACAGAGGAUAAAGAAGUUACCCAAACAUUGAAGCUUAAAAUUCGAUUUGGUGGAGAAACCCUUACUGCUAAAUUAAAAGCUAAAAACGAUAAAGAUGAUCUUUCAAAAAAAAUAAAAAAACAUCAAGAAGAAGAAGAAGAAGAGAUGGAAUCUAAAGAUAAUCACAAUGAAGAAGAUUCGUUAUUGGAUGAAGAAGAUUCAUGGUUGGUUGCUAUGGAAAAAGGGAAUCUUGAUAGUUAUGGUGAAAUAAAAAAGAAUAAAGAUCCAGCAGUAAUGACUGCAAGACAACGUGCUUUGAAAGGUGAAAGUGUUGAAGGUGAAAUGGAACUUUUGCAAUUACCAAUGUAUCCGGAACGAAGUGUGGAAGAAGUUGAAGAGAUUGAAAGAAAAAGAAAGCUCAGAGCAAAAAAAAGGCGUCAAGAUUCUAAACAAAAAAUUGAAGAAACAAAGAUUCAAACUAUUGAAAAGUUGCUUACAAAAAGUAAAGUAAAGAAAGAAAUUACCAAGAACACAAAAAAACUUGGUGCUCAUAUGCGAUAUACAUCUAAUAUAAAUGGUUUUUUCAUCUCACUAUCGGAAGAUGUUGAAUUUCCUUUAAUCAAGCAAGAAAUGAGGGUGUUUCCUGAUGCGAAAAUUUGUGCUGUUCAAGGUUGUGGCAAACCUAAAAAAUACUCCUGUUCAAAAACAUAUCUUCCUGUCUGCAGUUUGCAGUGUUAUAAUCAAAUUGUUAAGUAAUUUUUCAAUUCAAAGAUUUCUCUAAGGUAA